AUGUCUGAAAAGGAAGAUAGUUCAGAAGAGGCAGAAGAUACCACUAGUCAAUACAAGAAAGAAUUUAAAUCACAGUUGGUAGAGGAACCUGGAUUUAUUAAAGAAACAUCAGAUUUAUUAAGGGAAGCUUCUGAUGAGAAACCUUCCCACCAGAUUAGUGAAAUGCAUCCUACAAUGGACACAUCAGGUGCACAUGAUGAUACAUCCACAUCCUUCCCUGAAAGUAAGUCUAAGGGAAAUGAAGAACAAAGGGAAACUCAAGUAUCUGAAAAUGGCACUACAUAUGACAUCUCACAGUCAACAACUGAAACUUCACAAAGUCCAUCAUUAUCAGUAUCUGAGAUGACUGCUGAAUCUCAGGCUUCUGUUGACUUCCUAUCUCAUGGUACAUUAGGAAAAAUUAGUCCACAACUCUCUGAAGAAAAUGAGAAAGGACUUGGCUUAGGAUCAGAUGACUUAACCAUUAACCUGAAGGCCAAGGGUUUACAAAAGUUCCCUAAGGAAAUUUUAAAAAUAAAAUAUGUAAAAAAUCUAUAUUUAGAUGAGAACCAAAUCAAAAGUUUUGAAGGAGAAGACUUCAGUGAGUUGCGAGGACUUGAAAUUCUGUCCUUGCAAGAGAAUAAGUUAUCCUCACUUCCAUCUGAAAUUCAGUUACUUCACAAUUUAAGGAUAUUAAAUAUCAGUGACAACCAAAUAUCACAAAUUCCUAAAGAAAUAUCACAGCUUAGGAACAUCAGUCAACUUUUUUUAAAUAACAAUGGCAUUGAGAAUUUUCCUUCUGACGUAGAAAGUCUUAGAAACUUGGAAAUUUUAAGUUUGGCUAAAAAUAAGUUAAGACAUAUACCAGAUACUGUGUCUAGUUUAAAAAACUUGAGCAUUCUCAAUCUGGAAUAUAAUCAGUUAACGAUAUUUCCUAAAGUUCUGUGCUUCCUUCCAAAGUUAAUUUCACUAAACCUUACUGGAAACCUAAUUCGCAGUUUGCCAAAAGAAAUUAGUGAGCUUAAAAAUUUAGGGAAACUUUUAAUGGAUCACAAUAAACUUACAUUUUUGCCAGUGCAAAUUUUUCAUUUGCUCAAAAUGCAAGAACUCCAACUGACUGACAAUAAAUUAGAAGCUAUUUCACACAAAAUUGAAAAUUUUAGGAAACUUAGGAUUCUAAUACUUGAUAAAAAUUUAUUGGAAGAAAUACCAGAGAAAAUUUCCAACUGUGUAAUGUUGGAAUGCCUUAGUCUUAGUGAUAAUAAAUUAACAAAACUUCCUAAGAACAUCUAUAAGCUUAAAAAUUUAAGAAAAUUUUAUGUAAACAGAAAUAAUAUAUUGAAAAUACCUGAAAACAUCUCACACCUUAUUAAUAUGUUCAGUCUAGGAUUUUCAGGAAAUAUAAUCACAGAUGUUCCCAUUGAAAUAAAAAACUGCAGGAAAAUAACUAAAAUUGACUUGAGUUAUAAUAAAAUAAUGUAUUUUCCUAUAGGUUUGUGUGCUUUGGAACAUCUCUAUUAUUUGAGUAUUCAUGGAAAUUAUAUUUCAGAAAUACCUGGGGAUAUAUCUUUCAGUAAACAACUGCUUCAUUUAGAGUUUAAUGAAAACAAACUCCUCAUAUUUUCUGAGCACUUAUGUUCUCUUAUUAAUCUUCAGUACCUGGAUCUUAGUAGAAACCAAAUAAGGAAAAUUUCACCAUCUAUUUCCAAUAUGGCAUCACUCCGUGUUCUUAUUUUAUGCUGUAAUGAAUUUGAAGCUUUCCCUAUAGAAGUGUGUACUUUAGAAAAUUUGCAAGUACUUGAUAUUUCAGAAAACCAAAUACAGGAAAUUCCUUCAGAGAUCUGUAACUUAAAAGGAAUCCAGAAAUUAAACAUUUCAAGCAACCAGUUUAUGAAUUUUCCUAUUGAACUGUGUCAACUUCAAUCACUGGAAGAGCUGAAUAUAAGUCAAAUAAAUGGGAGAAAGUUGACAAGACUUCCACAAGAGCUGUCUAAUAUGACUCUACUUAAAGGACUUGACAUCUCAAAUAAUGCCAUCAGAGAGAUUCCAGAAAAUAUAGGGGAACUGAGAAGUCUGGUUAGUUUAAAUGCAAACAACAAUCAAAUAAGUUAUCUGCCACCAUCUUUUCUAUCUUUAAACAAACUCCAGCAACUACAGUUGAGUGGAAAUAAUCUUACAGCCCUGCCAAGUGGUAUUGAUAACCUCAUUUCACUGAAGAAUAUAAAUUUUGAUGAUAACCCUUUGCUGAGACCUCCAAUGGAAAUCUGUAAAGGAAAACAGCUGUAUACUAUUGCACGCUAUCUACAGAGGGCAGACAAAAGAGAUGAGAAAAUCUUAGAGAAGAUCUUCAAGAUAGUUGCCAACAAUAUCACUAAAACAAACUUUAAAUUUUUCUGUCAAAAAUUAAGCCUGGUACUCUCAGAAACGGAUAUGUCUACAAAGAGCACUGUUUCAUUAAGUGAGGGAGUCCACCAAGCACUUACCAGGUGGAGAAUGGAAAAUAACAACUUGUCCACUGCUGCUUUAAGAGACCAACUAAUUCGGGCGCUAACUAUGAUAGGAGCAUAUGAAAUUAUUGACAAAAUAACCGUUUUAAAACUUUUUACAUAUACAAUUAAAUUUUGA